GUGCCAAGGAAUAAGCCAAGAAAAAGUUUUUUGCAUCCUAGCAUGGCAAAUGAAGAAGAUGAUCCAAUUAUACAAGAGAUUGACGUGUUCCUGGCCAGAAGUCUACUGGAGAAGCUGUAUCUGUUUCAGUAUCCUAUUCGUCCAGCCUCCAUGACGUAUGAUGAUGUUACACAUUUGUCAGCGAAGAUAAAACCAAAGCAGCAAAAGGUUGAACUUGAAAUGGCCAUUGAUACUUUGAAUCCUAACUACUGUCGCAGCAAGGGAGAACAGAUUGCUCUCAAUGUAGAUGGCACGUGUACAGAUGAAACAAGCACCUAUUCCUCAAAGCUGAUGGACAAGCAAACUUUCUGCUCUUCGCAAGCUGCGAGUAAUGUUUCCCGCUAUGCAGCUGCUGUUUAUAAAAAAGGUGAACUUCACCUGACCCCACUACAUGGAAUUCUUCAGCUGAGGCCAAGCUUCACCUACUUGGACAAGGCUGAUGCAAAACACCGAGAAAGAGAAGCUGCUAAUGAAGGUGGUGAUUCAUCCCAGGAUGAAGCUGAAGAUGAUGUUAAGCAAAUUACUGUCCGAUUCUCCCGCCCUGAGACCGAACAAGCUCGUCAACGACGUGUUCAGUCCUAUGAGUUCCUGCAGAAGAGACAAGCAGAAGAGCACUGGGUUCAUCUGCAUUAUUAUGGCUUGAAGGAUAGCCGUUCUGAACACGAGCGCCAGUAUUUAUUUAGUCAAGGUCAUGGCCUUGCUGAAAACACGGAAUUAAUUAAAUCUCCCAGUGAAUAUUUAAUGAUGCUGAUGCCUCCAAGCAUAGAGGAAGAGAAUGACAAGCCAAUGGCUCCAAGCAACGUGCUUUCUAUGGCCCAGCUGAGGACUUUACCCCUUGCUGAUCAGAUUAAGAUCCUGAUGAAGAAUGUGAAGGUCAUGCCAUUUGCAAAUCUGAUGAGUUUGCUAGGCUCUGGCACUGACUCUACGGCAGUUCUCCGCUGUAUACAGCAGGUGGCAAUGCUGGUCCAGGGAAACUGGGUGGUGAAGAGUGAUGUCCUCUACCCAAAAGAUACUUCUAGUCCGCAUAGUGGAGUCCCUGCAGAAGUGCUCUGUAGAGGGAGAGACUUUGUUAUGUGGAAGUUCACACAGGACCGCUGGGUUGUGAGAAAGGAAGUGGCAGCAGUUACGAAACUUUGCCCUGAAGACGUGAAAGACUUCCUAGAGCACAUGUCUGUGGCAAGAAUAAACAAAGGUUGGGAGUUCAUGCUCCCUUAUGAUGAAGACUUUGUUAAGAAGCAUCCAGAUAUAGUUCAGAGGCAACAUAUGCUGUGGAUGGGCAUUCAGGCCAAAUUAGAAAAGGUCUAUAAUCUCUUAAAGGAGCACUUGACACCAAAGAAACAAGAGGCACAAUCAGCUCAUCCAUUGCUGGUUUCUGGGGAGCAAAGGGUCAACAUGGCUAAAGCAAAAGUCAAGCAGAACUACGGGCAGCUGGAGAAGGAGUUCCAGAAGCAAAAAACAGAGAUGAAAUCAAAUGAUGCCUCAGCCAAGACAGAUGUUUCCAAUAUCCGCAUUAAAGAGGAGCCUCUGAGUGACGAGGAGCCAAUGGACACCUCAGCUUACGAGGGCAUGAACAACGGUGUUGUCAACGGCCUCCAUGUAGAGGAGGACUCCACGGACGCUUUGAACGGCCACUUGCCUGGAGGCUGCAUUGACCGGGUAGCCCAAGAACUGAAGGCUUUUGUGUCGUCAACAUUUAAGAAACAAUUUGUACUCACCCUGAGUGAGCUUAAACGGUUGUUUAACCUUCACUUAGCCAGUCUGCCUCCAGGACAUACGUUGUUCAGUGGCAUUUCGGACAAAAUGUUACAGGACAUGGUGUUGGACACUGGCUGCAAACAGAUUUUGGUGCCUUUUCCUCCGCAGACUGCUGCUUCACCAGAUGAACUAAAGGUCUAUGCACUUUGGGAAGCCGGUGACACUUACGAUCAGCAUCGCCAAGUUUUGCUUGAAAUCUUUUCGAAAAAUUAUCGAGUGCGCAGGAAUGUCAUCCAGAAUCAGUUGAGUCAAGAAUGUGGAGAAGAUCUAAACAAGCAGGAGGUGGAUAGAGUGUUAAAGGACUGCUGUGUGAGCUACGGUGGAAUGUGGUAUCUUAAGGGGACGGUGCAGUCUUGACAGCGGCGGUAGCAAUUUCUUUACUUCAAGUGAUCUCCAGGGUGCGAGAGGAACGGUGCGGCGGGCGGCACACAGCAAUGCCGCGGCCUCAGGAGCACGGGGCAGGAG